UGAGCUGUCAGCACGGAGCCCGAUGCAGGUCUCGAACCCAUGAACCAUGAGAUCCUGACCUGAACCUCAGUUGGACGCUUGAUGGACUGAGCCACCCAGGUGCCCCAUAGGGUGGUCAGUUUUUAGAUGAAUGUUAUGCUGACGUUAUGCAAACCUUUUAUCUUUGCAGAGAGGCCAAUGCAAGUUGCCCCGUGAGUGUAAUCUGUGCCGACCAGGACUGAUGUGCACCCAGAAGGAAUGAAGUAUGGAUGUGAAAGAACGUAGGCCUUACUGCUCGCUGACCAAGAGCAGACGAGAAAAAGAACGGCGUUAUACAAAUUCCUCAGCAGACAAUGAGGAGUGUAGGGUCCCCACGCAGAAGUCGUACAGUUCCAGUGAAACCUUGAAAGCUUUUGAUCAUGAUUCUUCACGGCUGCUUUACGGAAACAGAGUAAAGGAUUUGGUUCACAGAGAAGCAGACGAAUACAGCAGACAAGGACAGAAUUUUACCCUAAGGCAGUUAGGAGUUUGUGAACCAGCAACUCGAAGAGGACUUGUGUUUUGUGCGGAAAUGGGGCUCCCCCACAGAGGUUACUCUAUCAGUGCAGGGUCAGAUGCUGAUACUGAAAAUGAAGCAGUGAUGUCCCCAGAGCAUGCCAUGAGACUUUGGGGCAGGGGGGUCAAAUCAGGCCGCAGCUCCUGCCUGUCAAGCCGGUCCAACUCAGCCCUCACCCUGACAGAUACGGAGCACGAAAACAAGUCAGACAGUGAGAAUGGUAAGUACCAUUUUUUGCUCUAUAAUGUUGGCCUUCAGAGCUGCUGUCUGUUUUAGUCAAAUGUGGGGGCAUGCUUCUCUUCCUUUCUUCUCUCCUCACAUUUCUUCCUUCUCUUUCUUCCUUCUUCCUUUCUUUUGGUUCUAAUGCAGUAGAACUCAAGAAGUGUCCUUGAAUAAUGCAUUUUUUCCUGGAAAAAAAUCAAUAUUUGACAUCAGAUGGUUAAAUUAUGCAAGCAGUCUAUGAUGUGUUAGCUAUAGUUUUGAAAAACAUUUUAAUUAUGUACAGAAAAAAAAAAAAAAAAAGAUUAGCUUUGACUUAUCUUGGACCAUGUCACCUGUUAUUCUCUGUGGGGUAGCAAAGCCAGUGGUGAUAAAGUUUACCCCAGAGCCAGCUUGUAAUCAAAGAUGUCUUUGUAGAUUCCUCUUGAAGAUAUCUCAAAGUUGCAGAAUCUUAGAAUGGAUGAGUGAGCACACAGAAUAGUUUAUUAACAGGGCUCAAGUGAUUGAAGAACAAAUUUGAUCAUGCUUUAAACUUACUGGUUGAUGAGAGCCAUUGAAAUUUUGGUAAAGAGGGAGAGUGUGGUUUUGAUGUGCUUUGCGGACUGGAUUAUCAUGCAGUUAAGUCCACACACAGAAAUUGCAUUGUAGGAUAUCCAAAUAGCAGUGUUGCAUACUGUAAGAAAGGUGUCUUUAUAAAUUAUUGGGAUUUUUUUCUUAGUGCCAAUGCGGGAUAAUCACAACAGUUCAUUUAUAUACAAUAAUAGCUUUAAAAGGAAACUUAAUUUUUCGUCAGUAUUGCUUUUAAGAAGAAUUGGGGCGUCAGUGCCAACGUCCCAGACAACAAAAGGACAUUUCUCUGUCGGCAUUUAGUAUUCACGGUGCCCUUGCUACUUUAAUAUAGUUAUUGAUGCUAUGUGUGUAUGAUGCACCAGGAAGCAAGGAGAAAAUUAAAAUGGAGGAAUUGCAUGACAUUUGAAAAGAAAGAUGGUUGUUUCACCAACGGCGUUUCAUUUGUAUUACUUAUUGACCAACUUUGUCAGCUUCGCUUUGCCAUAGGAAAGCAGGUCUGUUCAGCUUUCCGUUUUAGCUGCCACAGGACGGAGUGGUGCCUAAUGCUUUCACUCUUACCGGCUUCCCUUCGAGUCACACAAAAAAAGUCUCACUUAAACCGACUAACACAGGAUCUUAUGUAGAAUACUUCAGCGCGUCAAACCAAAGUCAAGAUCGAUUAAUGAUUCGCACUCACUGUAUUCAUUUUGGAAGUGUCAGUUUUUGAUGGUGGCUGGCUUUAUUCCAGCCCCAAACAGGAAACAAGGACGGUUCUUUCUGACAAAAUGAGUCUUCGAAUCAGGCUGCCAGCGUUUCUCUGAGCUAAUCCACUCACCUCCGUAAAACCUGUAUUUGUAUCUGCUUUCACCGGGGAUUCAGAAGUUCCUGACCUUAAAUGCGUAAGCGUUGGUACAAACUUUGUUUCCUGUCUGUCCGAAUCUUCAGGUACGAUGGUUAUAUUCCAAAGUAGCACUCGGCAUUUGAUUUCCCUAAACUACAU